AUGCCCCUUUUGCUUAUCCCUCUCGUGCUUAUAGAUGCAACGAAGAGAUUUGUUGACGAAUAUGAUGCAAUUUGCGAUCCGGACAUGGCCAACAUGGCCAUGAGUGUGCUUCUCUGGUGUGCUGCAGCAGAGCGAUCGAAUAAAGUGGGGAAGCAUCAAGGCUGGAUCGAGCGGUACGAUAAGUUGAAGACAACCAGCUCGGCUACAUCGCCCGACUACCUAAUGUUGUAUCUCUCAGAGGCGGCGGGGGCCACUUUGGUGCCGCUGACCGUGCAUUGCGCCAGUGAGACCGAACGCAAACACGGCCUCAACGCCUAAACGUUAAACGAAAGAGAAAA